CAAGAAGGCGGCGCGGCGCGGGUAGGCGGCCUCCAGACGGCGGCGUAGUCCUCCAGCCAUGUCGCGUGGCCUCCAGCUCCUGCUCCUGAGCUGCGCCUGCAGCCUGGCGCCCGCGGCACGAGAGAUGGUGGUGGCGUGUUCGGAGGAUGUGGUCUUGCCCUGCACCGCCCCCUGGGACCCGCGGGUCUCCUACACCAUCUCCUGGGCCAAGCUUACAGAGAGGGGUGAAGAGUUGUUGGAGGUGCUACAGGAAGACCCAAGCCUCAGAGAACUGUCCUCCUAUCAGAAAGUGCAGAACGGCUCUGUAGAGACCCCUGGUGAAAACCCGUAUUCCCUGAAGAUCCAAAACACUACCAGCUGCAACACGGGGACAUACAAGUGCACUCUGUGGGAGAUAGAAGGGCAGAGGAACCAAAGUGGCACCGUGAACUUGAGGGUGACAGGUUGCCCCAAGGAACGCAAAGAAGAGACUUUUAAGAAAUACAGAGCUGAGAUUGUACUACUGUUCGCUCUGGUGGUUUUCUACUUAACACUCAUCAUUUUCACUUGUAAAUUUGCACAACUACAGAGUAUUUUUCCAGAUUUUUCUAAACCUAUGACAGAACGAGCUUUUCUUCCAGUCACCUACAAGAAACAUUUGGGCCCAGUGACUCUUCACAAGACACAGCUGGUGUGAGCAGGAUUUCGGCAGGUGGUUUUUUGCUGAAACUGAGGGCUCACUAGUGUGCCCUGUCCUUCACUCUGGACAAGAGACGAAUGAGCCACACACCGAAGAUGGCGCCCUUCCUGUGAAGUCCUACACCUGACUGAAACACCUGAAACUGGGUCCCCCCAUCUUUGGUGAGCAGGGCCUUGGAAACCUCACAAGUUCACAUAACACGAGGCCCCCUGGGUUGUUCUCCAGUGUUGCUUCCUCACUGCUGCCGCCCUUGCAUUUUGUUCAGCAUUCUGGUCAACCUUGGGGAAACUUUUUCAGUCAUACAAAAGCUAUGAUGAGAUACUGUUGGAAAAGGGUCUUGGCUAAUGGAACUCCCAUAACUGGCCAGGUUACAGAUGCCUGAAAACAGCUGUCUUCUUCCACAUCUGGGUUACUUCUCUUUGAAUUUGCUUUGUUGCGUGUCAGCCCAGAUAUAUUAUGUCUGGGAAAAACUGACAGGCCAAGCUGUGAGACGGUGGGAAAUAUUUAUCAAAUAAUUUCCUGGUGUGAAGGCCCUGCUAUUCUGAAGGAGUACUGUGUACACAUAGAAACAACAGGUUGUUGAACUGUUCCCCAGCAGAGCCUUUUCAUCUGGGAAAGACAUCCAUAAAGAAGCAAUAAACGAGAGUGCCACAUUUAUUUUUACAACUAUACAUACUCAUCAAAGAAGGAUUUGUAUUUGUUUUCUUUUGAAAUCAAUACCAUUGCUAAUGGACAAGCACCCCAAAGACGGAGAUUAAGAAGAAGUCAGAGAGGGUGACAAGAGGAUUAGGAAGCUAUUUUAGUAACUUGAUGGCAAAUGCCGGACAUCAUACAAUCUGGGUUCCAGCCCCAGUUGUCCCACUACCUGCUGUUUGAUCUUGGGUAUGUUCCUUCUGGUUUCUACUUUAAUGUUGUAAACCAGACUGUUUUCGUGUGGGUUGAUUGAAAUAAUGUUUGUGAAAAUGCUUUCAAAAAGUAUAAAGCACUAUAUAAAUUUGAAACUCCACUGGAUUGUCAUUUUUGCUAUUUUAGUAGUACUCUGGGGAUGAGAGAAUGCCUUUGGUUUUCCAUGUUUUCCAUUAUUCCAACAAAGAAAUCUGCAAAGAGGAAUUCCCGUGUAGGGUUCUGUAUGAGUGCUUUUGGGGAUGUAAGCAGGGAAGU